AAGAAGCGGAAGUGGCAUGUGUUGGUGGAGACGGCUGCUGCGGCAGCGGUAACUGGGGCCGGGAGGGAUAGGGUCGUGAGAUCCCGGGAGAACUGGCAGCAAAAUGAAGGUGAAGAUGCUGAGUCGGAACCCCGACCACUAUGUCCGCGAAACCAAAUUGGACUUACACCGAGUUCCAAGAAACUAUGAUCCUACAUUACAUCCUUUUGAGGUCCCACGAGAAUAUAUAAGAGCUUUAAAUGCUACCAAACUGGAACGGGUAUUUGCAAAACCAUUCCUUGCCUCCCUGGAUGGUCACCGAGAUGGAGUCAAUUGCUUGGCAAAGAAUCCAAAGAGCCUGGCUACUGUCCUUUCUGGGGCAUGUGAUGGAGAGGUUAAAAUUUGGAACUUGACCAAACGAAAAUGUAUUCGUACGAUACAAGCACAUGAAGGUUUUGUACGAGGAAUAUGUACUCGCUUUUGUGGGACAUCUUUUUUUACUGUUGGUGAUGACAAAACUGUGAAGCAGUGGAAAAUGGAUGGACCAGGCUGUGGAGAGGAAGAGGAGCCAUUGCAUACAAUAUUAGGAAAGACAGUAUAUACAGGAAUUGAUCAUCACUGGAGAGAAGCUGUUUUUGCCACAUGUGGACAGCAAGUAGACAUUUGGGAUGAACAAAGAACCAAUCCUAUAUGUUCAAUGACUUGGGGAUUUGACAGUAUAAGCAGUGUUAAAUUUAACCCAAUUGAGACAUUUCUCUUGGGAAGUUGUGCUUCUGAUAGGAAUAUAGUACUAUAUGAUAUGAGACAAGCCACUCCUCUGAAAAAGGUCAUCUUAGAUAUGAGAACAAAUACAAUUUGCUGGAACCCUAUGGAAGCAUUCAUUUUUACUGCAGCAAACGAGGAUUACAACUUGUAUACUUUUGAUAUGCGUGCCCUGGAUACUCCUGUAAUGGUACAUAUGGAUCAUGUGUCUGCAGUGCUUGAUGUGGAUUACUCUCCCACUGGGAGAGAGUUUGUGUCAGCCAGUUUUGAUAAAUCUAUUCGAAUCUUUCCUGUGGACAAAAGUAGAAGCAGGGAAGUCUAUCACACAAAGAGAAUGCAGCAUGUUAUCUGUGUAAAAUGGACUGCUGACAGCAAGUACAUUAUGUCUGGAUCUGAUGAAAUGAACAUUCGUCUAUGGAAAGCUAAUGCUUCUGAAAAGUUGGGUGUGCUUACAUCACGAGAAAAAGCAGCCACAGAUUAUAACCAGAAGUUAAAGGAGAAAUUUCAACAUCAUCCUCAUAUAAAACGUAUCUCUCGUCACCGACAUCUGCCAAAAUCUAUCUAUAGCCAGAUUCAGGAACAGCGCAUCAUGAAAGAAGCUCGUCGACGAAAGGAACUGAAUCGUAUCAAACAUAGCAAGCCUGGAUCUGUGCAGAUGGUGUCAGAGAAGAAGAAACACAUAGUGGCAGUUGUGAAAUAAUAUUUGGUAUUCUUACCAAUACUAAUGUAUAAUUAUUUGUUACAUGUUGAUUUGUGAACUUUAUAAAUAAAAGUACUGCCCCUCUUACAACCACAAAUGUUUUAGUUAUAUGUGUAGAGUUUAAUUGUUGCACAUUUUUGCUGUCUUGAAAACUUAUCUUUAAAGGUGACCUGGUUGAUAAGACUAUCCAACAUGCUAUUCUUGAUCUUCUUUCUUCAUUGAAGAAUACAGAAUUUACAAACUAACUUAUUUUUUGCUGUUAGACAUUACAGAUAUACUUUCACUUUGACCUGUUAUUUUAGACACUCUACAUUUGAAUUUACAUCUAAGACCAAACAUCUCUUGUUACCUUUAAUAUUACUUUGGAUAAUUACCGCAGUGAUUCUUCCUAGGAUUCCAUAUGACACAUAGAAGAAUUUUGUCUGAACUUUUCUCAAGUGAACUUAUUUUCUGUGUUUUAUUUAUAUUGGGCUUUUUGAGACUGUAUAGUUGAUUAGCCUACAUUUAUAUAACUUUUAUAAAAACUUACAAGAUUAUAAAAUAUCUUUUUCUCAGCAAUAUGACUUUGUUCCAUUUCUGCUAAAUCAUUUAUUUUUAAUCUCAGUAAUCAUAAAUAGCUCUGUGUGACACAGAUUGGGGUUUUUUUUUUAACCCAUCAUCAGCUUAGUAUUAUGAAUACGUACAAAACUAAUUUUUAGGAAAUUAUGUUUAAAAGAAAUUAAAAAUCCAAAGGAAAAAAUAUGUUAAGAAUACUUAUAGUAAAAAUAUUUAAAAUACAGCAGCGAUGAUAAAUAUCAAAAUCUGGAAAGUGAGAGCAGGAUUCAAUCAGGGUGGGAUACACGGGAGAUUUUUUAACUCUUGAUAAGGUUUCUUUCUUCAGCUGUGUGUACAUUCUAUUAUUUUUUAUGCUUUCUUGGAUAUUUUAAAUAUUUCAUCGUGUUUUUCUCAAAGCUGAUAAAGACAUCAACCAUCUACCUUUUAAUCCUUUGGAGCUAUUGUAGGACUCAAAAUUCUUGAUUUAUAAGGUGAACCAAGUUCUCUUGUACAUCUUACACUGCUGUUAGUUUGGGUGUGGUUUCAAAGAAAAUAUAUUGAUCCAUAAACAUGA